CUUCUCAGCAGCACUAUCGUCAUCCGAUUCGCAUUUCAAGGCAUUGAAACGACAUAAUAUGGCAGUAAAAAGCGUCAGAAAACGAAAGCAACCGUCUAAUUCUGGCUGGAAGAGCAAAAUUAUCCGACAAUUUGUCAACGGUUGGAUCGAAAGCGAUAUUCCGAGCGUAGCAGAGAAUGGCGACGAAGGGAACCACGCGGUGGAUGCAGAUAGUGCUGCUGGAGCUGACAGUAGUCAACCGUUGGACGCGGUUGCGGCGAAGAAAGCAGUAGAAUUCAGCUAUCCCAAUUUCGUGAAAUCCGACUCAGAUAAACCGGUGAGUGCAAUCAGGGAUCCGGGCCUGGAGAAGCGAGAUGUGCAACGGUUAAAAAAUGUGAUAGCGUACAUGUACAACGAUGACAAGAUUUCGCUGAAGCUUAGCUUCGAACAAGCCGGAUUGCUGAUGGAAGGCGCUUACGAUGAGCCAGCAAAGGUGUUCCGGUAUUUGAUUAAUGAUCGGGAGAUAUGCCGGGCCGAUGGUGAACAACAGGAAGCGCAUACCAAGGCCAGGGAUCGACUGUGUGAGAUUUUGCAGUACUACUGUUAUACCGUCAAGAGACUGAAAGAGUAUCACACCCGGAGAAAUGUUUUUCGCAAGAUUCCAGGAGCGCAGGAAAAGAAAGGAAACUACAAGGACAAACAACUGGAUGAGGGUAACAUUGGUUUCCGCAUGCUGCAGAAGCAAGGUUGGACUGGAGGUUCACUCGGAAGCAACGAGGAAGGUAUUCUGGAACCGAUCGGAGUGCACAAGAAGGUAGGCAAGGCCGGCCUGGGAGCGCAAGGUCAAGAUGUGGAAAAGAUUCCCGUUGAAGCAUUUAUGGUGGCAAUCAAACAGUACGCGUCCGGUAAUGCCCUGUACGAUUUGGUGUUUAGCACGCAGUUCUCCAAACAUCAGGUUAUCAAGCUGCAGGACUACGCGACGACGUUGAAGCUGUUCCCUCAAAUGAUUGGCAAACGGAAGCAGUUGGUUAUCAGCAAAAAACUUACGCUAUAUCAGAUCAAGGAAGGAGUCCUGAAAGGACAUUCGGAUUUGUGUGCCAAAUACGCCGUGAUACCGCCGAUUUGUGAAUCGCAGAAAUAAAUGUUAUUUUUUUUUUCUUAAA